CAAUGGCCAAAAGAUUAAUGUGUAGAUAAUUGUAGCUGCCGCUCAAGUAGAAAAAGGAGCCCUUUAAAAAAAAAAAGUGAUCAGAGACUGAACUGGAAAAGGGUAGGAAAACAGUGAAGGGAAGCACUAUAAAGAGAUGUAAGGAAUGUGGGUAAAGUUUUGAAAAUAAGAGGAGGUAAUGAAAGGAAAUAAUAAUAAUAAGUCGGGAAAUAAUUUUCUUGGGGCAAAUUUGAUCGGAUACCACUGUUUAACACACAAGCCAAAUACACGAGAUGGGAGUGGUAAUCUGGCGGCCAGAUGGCUUCACUUCUCUCUACAGCUAUGAGCGCUCCAGAUUUUAUAUGGCGCUCGGUGGGUUAGACAGGGAGAAACAAAAGUGCACAAGCACAAGUCACUGAGCAGCUGCUUUUUAUAUUUUUAUUUAUUUAUUUUAAACUUGCUAUCUUCUCGCUGCUCGUUUCUGUUUAAACACUCAGUGAUUCGGUGGUAAAGCUCACUUCCAGAAAGCUGAUUCACUCAAUGUGUCGUUCCAAGGACUGAAGCGACUGAGUCAGCGCUUUUAGAUGAGUCUUAAAUUGGAAAAAGCAAACAAUGAUCCCCACAACUGUAUGAGGGUAAGAACUUCUCUAGUCAAGUUAUCAUUACAUUUCAGGCAUUUAGCAGAUGCUCUUAUCUAGAGCAACAUGCACCACCAUACCCAGAGCAGUAGUUGGGGAUUAGGUGCCUUGCUCAAGGGCAUUUCGGCUAUUCUUGCUGGUCCAGGGAACUGAACCGGUGACCUUUUGGUCCUAAAGCUGCUUCUCUAACAGUUAGGCCAUGGCUUCCACAGCACUCUGAAGGUGUGACUUCAUAUAUCCCAUUCUCGUGAACGUGCUAUCUCAAGAAAUGCCUGGGUGUUUACCUUAACAAUAAACUGAACUGGACUACAAAUACAAACGCUUUGUAUAAGAAGGGCCAAAGUCAUCUCCACCUGCUGAGGAGACUGAGGUCCUUUGGAGUGUGCAAGACUCUGCUGAGGAUAUUCUACGACACUGUGGUAGCAUCUACUUUUUUUUUUUUGCCGUGAUCUAUUGGGGAUGUGGAAGCUCUGAAAGAGACAGGAAAAGGCUUAACAAGCUGGUGAAAAGGGCCAGCUCUGUCCUGGACUGCCCUCUGAAAUCCAUUGAGGUGGUGUGUGAGAGGAGGAUGUUAGCUAAGCUAAUGUCAAUCAUGGACAACACCUCUCACCCCCUACAGAGGACUGUUGGUGCUCUGAGCAGCUCCUCCAGCAGCAGGUUGCUGUACCCACGAUGCAAGAAGGAAUGCUACUGCAGGUCUCUCAUCCCAACUGCUGCCAGAGUUUUCAGUGACAGCCUGGCAUAAUGUAGUGCUGUUUCUCAAUGAUCACUUUUUGUCAGUUUGUCACUUUAUCUGCAUCUCAUCGCCAUCAUCUCCUUAUUCUGUGCAACAUUACUACUAUUUGUGCUGGUCGCACGUGCAGUUCUUAUUGACAUGGAGCCCAAAGUAAUUACUCAAGCCAUAACAAAGGCUUCUGGCUCAGGGAAAUGGAGAUAUGGGGAAAAAUCCCACUUCUGCCAGAAACAAGGCUCUGGAAACAACUGGGCAAACGGUUAUUGUGUUCACGGCCCUCAGCAUAAGGAUGCAAUGGAAGAUCUGGUGCGGCGUGAGGUAGAACGCUGCGAUCGCUUUGCAGGAAUUUUUGCCAUGAUGAGUGUGGCAGGAGGUACAGGUUCUGGAGUGGGCACUUAUGUCACCCAGUGUCUGCGAGACAGUUAUCCACAUUCAUUUAUUCUUAAUCACCUGAUAUGGCCGUACGGAACAGGAGAGGUUAUUGUACAAAACUACAAUUCUGUUCUCACUCUGUCUCAUCUGUACACAUUGUCUGAUGCACUCGUGGUACACGAGAAUGACACCUUACACAAAAUCUGCAGCCAGCUGAUGAACAUCAAGCACAUCUCUAUCUCUGACCUGAACAAGGUGAUCGCUCAUCAGCUGAGCAGUGUGCUGCAGCCUGCAUACACCGCGGACUCACCUGCUCACUACAGCAGAAAUCCUAUAGGAGAAUUGCUGAGCUCCCUGGUGUGUCAUCCUGAAUACAAACUACUUAAUGUGUUGAACAUUCCUCACAUGUCUCGGACAUCUCUGGCUUACAGUGCCUACACCUGGCCCGGCCUGCUCAAGCAUUUAAGACAAAUGCUUAUUUCCAAUGCCAGAAUGGAGGAAGGUAUCGAUUGGAAAGUGUGUAUGCCGUCGAGCAGAGCAGAGAGCGUAAAAAAAACACAAGUGGGUUUUAACAGAUCACUCUCUAAUCUUCUCGUACUGCGGGGUAAAGAUGUUUGUUCUGCAGAUACAGUAGCGUUUAAGGAGUCUGGACUCUAUGCGCCAUGGCUUCCAGCAGAUGGCACUUUCCAUAAGUGGCACUCCCCUGUGCCCUUCAAUGGCUAUGAGAAGUUGGCCACGCUAAUCAGCAACAGCCAGUCACUUUUGAAUCCUCUGGAUAUUAUUAUUAAGAAGGCCUGGAACAUGUUUGCAUCAAGGGCCUACAUUCAUCAGUAUACCAAAUUUGGAAUUUCAGAAGAUGAUUUUCUCGAAAGCUUUACCAUGUUAGAACAGAUUAUCUCCAGCUACACUCAUCUUUGAUCCUCCCUCAUUAUUUUGAAGUGUUUAAUUUCACUGCUUGCCAAUCCUGUGAAUGUGUUUGUCCUUGCUGUAUUUUCUACAAGCUGUGUAUAGUAUUAAAAUAAUGGAUUUUUUUUCA